GGACGCGGAUUUGCGUGGUAAUUAUAGUGCGCUUCAUAUCCCCGUACUUAUACGAGUAAUUUGACUCGUAUUCUGCACUAAAUUCUUCUUUUUCAUUUCCACCUUUUUUUGACAGUUUAAUGGUGAAACAUUCACCCACCUUUAUCACCAGAUCCCAUUCAAAAUACUAAUCAAUCUGCUUUACCUUGUACUUCUUCCCACCACAAGAUCAAGCUGGCAAGGCUGUGGAGAAUAAGGUGAUCGUCUUUGGUGACUUUGAUAUCGAACAGGACAAGGGAAGGUACCAUUCAGUAUACCCCUUCCUCACCUGUUACUGGGACCAUCAAUCCUACUUCUUGAGCUCUUUCAAGAUUUUUUGGAUCGGUCACUUUACCAAAAGCACGUUAGCAUUGGCCAAAUCAGGCCUGUGCUAACGUGAUUAAAAGAUCGCAAAGACUGAUGUCAUUCAUGAACGGAUCGGCGGCGGUCAUUACGGUCGAUAUAACAAGCAUUUCUGCAAAACAAUCACAAAAGUUAUUCACUUCCACAAUGGUGACCGAACCAAAUUCAUUAUCACCUUCGUCCAGUAUGUCACGUCCGCCUGUCUCACGACCUGCAAGGCCAAUGUUGACCAGAUUGGAUACUUCGGAACGAAUAAAAAAGAGCAAUACAAUCGGACCUAUCGAACAACAAACAAAAAUACAAAAUUCUAUAAAUGCACUUCCGAAGCCAUCCAUAACCGCCAGUCCACCUUCUAUACCCACAAAUAAAGGCUCAAGCAGCUCUACAGGAAGAGCAGGUAGCGGCUUUCUUCCACUUCAAAAACAACCCAGCCCUCGUCUAAGACUCGAUACGAGUAGCGGAAGCGGAAGCAGUAGCGGAACGAGCAGUGGCAUAAGCAGCAGUAGCAGUUCUUCAGCUUGGCAAAGGAAUAGUCCGCAUCAUGAUACUUCAAAUGCAACCUCAACCUGGACACCAACUGAUCGAAACAAUUUCGUCGCCGGGGAAAUGUUGCAAAGUGCUACCGGUAUUCGAAAAGAUUAUUUAGGUGAACAGAUUGCCGCUCAAAAACGCAGAGAUAGCGCACCCGUACACGAAUCUGGCAGCCUUUCUGCGAUUCCAAAAUCUGUCAGAAGUCCAAUUUCUCCUACAAGAUCAUUCUCGCUUUCUUCUGGUGCAAUUCUUUCCGCUUCAUUUGAACCUUCUGAGAUUAUAAGCAACUUCUUAUAUCUUGGACCUGAAAUCACAACGGUUAGCGAAGCCGAAUAUCUACGAGAUAAGUUGGGCAUAAAGAGGAUUUUGAACGCUGCUUGGGAAAUUGAAGAAGGUGGUGGAAAACACCUAAAUCUUCAUCAAGGCACCGAGAGCGGUUUUGAACGAUACAAGAAGCUGCCUUUGAAAGACACCGUAGAAGCAAAAGGAGUGCAGAGAUAUAUAGAGGAAGCAUGCGCUUUUCUCGAUGAUGCAAGAUUGCACUCUGCACCAAUCUACGUUCACUGUAAAGCCGGUAAAUCAAGAUCAGUCUUAUUAGUCAUGGCAUACUUGAUCCACUCGAAUCGAUGGACAUUGCAACGAUCGUAUUCUUAUGUUGUGGAUAGGCGGCAUGAUGUCAGCCCUAAUAUCGGAUUCGUUGCUGAAUUGAUGGCAUUCGAAGAGAAGAGACUUGGACAAACAAAAAGCGCAGGACAGAUUGAAUCAGGCAAGGAUGCAAAUGAUCAGUCGAAUCCCAGUAGCGGAAAUCAAUCAAGUACAAGACCAGUUCCCACUCCCGAUCCGAUUACGUCCAAUAGACGCAGAAACGUUCGCGAAUCGAUGCCAGCAAGUUCCAAAAAGAUGGAGUUUGGGCUCCAAGAUGCAAGCCCAUCCGACGUUUCGAGAGAUGAAGAUGGAAUUGAACAAAUAGCUAGCCCGAUCGAUAUUUCCGAUGAGGACAGGAUGUGGCGCACAAAUGGAACAUUCAACACAUCAUCUCUUGAUACAAAUGCAAGCGGCGGAAAUUCCAAUGAAUAUCGAGGUAUCGAUGGACGUUAUCAUGUCGCACGUCCACCUGCUGAUGAACGACUUUUGGCACCCGGCCGUCGAACAACGUUAGCUGCUAUAGAUAGCGAAAAUCUCUUUCUUCAAGCGCAAAACUUGAAUAUAAAUGAUCGAAUUUGAUCAUCGUUUGUGGCUGCUUCUUUCCUUGCACCAUUCAUCGCUUUCACUUCAUGGACUAUUGUUUUAAAGUUACACUCUUGCUAUUAUUUCCCUGCUCUACUCACAUCUUACUCGCAAAAAAAAGGAACGCAAACCAUUCUUCUUACUCUACUGUUACCCCAAUUGUACUUUUAUCGGCAGAACAGCUCUUUGAUGAAUGUAUACCAUUAAUCGUAA